CUCGUUUGUGCUGUUCCGCUGAAGGGUUGUGUAUUUUUUAGCUCUGCGGCAAUUAUUCUUUUGCAUCUAUGAACCGGGGUGUAUUAAAAUUAAAUCGUUUUUUGCAAAAGCAGACAACAAAAUAAUCAAUUGCAAUUUGUGUAAUUUAAUAGAAUUUUGCAAAGAGUGAAAGUGUUGUGUGCGGCGUUAUAUGUUGAUUUCAUGGCUCUCCAAAGUAUUUGACAAAGUUUGUUAAGUGGUUGUUGUUUGUGUUUUGUGUUUUUGGUAUUGUGCACAUACACAUGUGUAUGUAUGUACCGCAUUGAGGCUGGCUGCUGUUGUGUAUUGAUUAAAAACCGUCGAAUGCAAGGGUAACAUGUGCCUCAAUACCCGCAAGCAGGCUUAUUGAAAUGUUUUUCACAACCACAGACUCAGCUAAAAAUAGUAGUUAACUAAAUGUAUGUAUAAGAUAAUGCAUAGGACAACCGAAAUGCUGCGGCGACUAUUAGAUGAACUCGAACGCCUGUCACAAGUGAAAUUGCAACAAUUAUAACAACACUAGAGCUAUAAAUGUCAACUGCAGAACCGACGCGCCAGCAGUCCAGCAUAGCCACGAGAUUGGAUGACGUCCGGCAGUUAAAUUAGUUUUAAAAUUUUACAAAAUCGACAAUGACGUUAACACGGGAUUGAAUUGAAUAGAAAUGCACACACCCUGCGAAGGUGGAAGGAAAUGUAUGUAAAUAUACAGAUGUGUGUGUGCUAUACUGAAAACAAAUGAAAUCGAUAAUCGAAUGCCAAUCAACGUAACAAAAUAUCAAAAUACAAAAACAACGAACUCGUAUUAUACCCCGUCAACUAAUAAAUGGACAGGCAAUACACGUAUAAACGCUUCUAAAUUCACUGUGUGCCCGUUACAUGGCUACUUGUGUAUAUGCCAAUGUUUGAGGGCGAAUAAGUAGUGCAGUUUAGCAGACGAUUUAAAUUGAACCUAGCGGGAAAAGCCAGAAACAACAACAACUGACUCGCCAUUCUGGGUGCAUGGCUCAGUGUCGGAACACAGCGAGUACGCGAGCACCGAAUGCAAUCGAUCAAUAAUAUACAAUACUAUGAGGAAAUCGUUUUAAAUGUACAAAAUAGCAGAGUAUUUCUCUGUUGGAAAUUGAGCAAUAUAAUCACGUUAAGUAAUAACGAAUAACAAUAAAACACCUCUAAUUAUUAACUGAUCACACGCACAUAACAACGACAACAACAAUUCUCCUACCAGUCAUCGGCAUUACCGCUACCAACACCACCAUUGGCACACAACCAUUGCUGACAAUUGCCGUCACGCAAAAUGACAUUUAAAUUAUUUCGACGCGGCUCAGCGCGUUGUUUCGGUCUGCUGUCUGCGUUUGUCACGAUCUUACUCUGCCUCUAUUACAUUUCCAUGGGGCAACAGCAAGAGGAAACGCUCCAGCAGCAACAGGGCAAAGACACGACAGCUACCUUCGGUAGCGGUUUUGGCGGUGCGGGGACGACCGGUUUAAAUUCACCACAACAACAAUUCUACAAAGCGAACAUGCAUAAUGCCAAAGUUAAAAAUGAGCGUGGUAAUGUGGAGAAGAACGGUGUUGUACAGAAGUCUGCAAUUGGCAGUGGCGCCAAUGCACCGCAAUUGUCGGCAGCAGCAGCAGCAGUAACAACCACUUUGGACAAUACGAAAGAUGGCAUUGACAUGACCGCAAAUGGUGAUGCGCUCGCCAAGAAUCCCGACUGGGGUGAGGUGUGCUAUGUAUUGGAUGAGCGUGACACGAAUAUCACAACGAAUGAGGAAUAUGGAAAAUUUGAUUUCCAGCCUGAAUGGAUCCACACAAAGGAAUAUUGGGAUCGAGGUUUCGAAGAACGCUUUGAAGCGCAAAAAAAGGACUACAAAAGACCACCAUUAAAGAUCUUCGUCGUCCCCCAUUCUCACAACGAUCCCGGUUGGCUGAAAACAUUCGUGAAUUAUUUUCAAUCAGAUUCACGGCAGAUAUUAAAUUUGGUAGUUACAAAAAUGCAAGAGUACACAGAUAUGACCUUCAUCUGGUCGGAGAUUAGUUUUCUACAACUGUGGUGGGAUCAAGCGCAUCCAACCAAACAACGCGCCCUUAAAAAGCUUAUCAAAUCGGGGCGUUUUGAAAUCACGACUGGCGGCUGGGUGAUGACCGAUGAAGCGAAUGUGCAUCUCUAUGCCAUGUUAGAUCAACUCAUUGAAGGACAUCAAUGGCUACGCAACAAUCUAAAUGUAACACCGACCGUUGGUUGGUCAAUAGAUCCAUUCGGACAUGGUAGCACAGUACCUUAUCUACUGUCUGGCAGUAAUUUUGAAGGUGCGAUUAUACAACGUAUACAUUAUGCUUGGAAACAAUGGUUUGCGCGUCAACAAAAGGGUGAUUUUAUGUGGACGCCAUAUUGGCAGCAACGUGGCAAAACGGCAACGCAACAUGGACAGCUACUAACACACAAUAUGCCCUUUGACAUUUACUCAAUAAAGGGCUCAUGCGGUCCGCAUCCAUUUAUUUGUUUAAAUUUCGAUUUUCGUAAAAUACCUGGCGAAUAUACGGAAUAUUCUGUGAAAGCGCAAUUCAUAACUGAAGACAAUGUUGAGUCCAAAGCGCAAGUUUUGUUGGAACAAUAUUCACGCACGGCCUCGCUGUUUCCGCACAAUGUCGCACUCAUACCGGUGGGAGAUGAUUUUCGUUACAACAAAGAGCGUGAAGUGGAUCAGCAGUAUACGAAUUAUAAGAAGCUAAUCGAUCAUAUAAUGGCCAACAAGCGGCUCUACAAUGUAGAUAUUUCGUUCGGCACACCGCGUGAUUACUUCAACGAAAUCCGUCGACGUACAGCCUCGUUUCCGACGCUCAAAGGAGACUUCUUUGUGUACUCAGAUAUUUUCUCAGAAGGUCGGCCGGCCUACUGGUCUGGUUACUACACCACUCGUCCAUUUUAUAAAUUACUUAGCGCUGAUUUAGAACACAAUUUACGUGCUGCGGAAAUUCUCUUCACGGUGGCCUAUAAUACUGCGCGUCAGGUACGUCAUGUCAAUGCCAUAAAGAUCUUUGAGAAGAAUUAUGAAAAGAUGAUACACGCGCGUCGCAAUCUUGGACUCUUUCAACAUCAUGAUGCAAUCACAGGCACUUCGAAGGCGGCUGUAAUGCGUGAUUAUGGCAUGCGUUUGUUCGAAAGCAUACAGGAUGCGGUCAAAAUGCAAGAAUCCACUAUUGAAAUGUUACUACAGGUCGACAGUGAGCGGCAUAAUUUCCUACUAAGUGAGCUGGAACGUGAUAACUUCAGUAAACUGCCACGCAAGACGCCGAUACCGUUAAACGGUAAUGGUGCUACUGAUGAAUUUGAUGAAUUAAAUACAAACACUGGCAGUGCUUCGUUUGUGAUCUUCAAUUCGUUGGCGCAAAAGCGUUUAGAAGUGAUUACGUUGCGUUCACCAGUGCCGAAUGUUAAAGUGUUGAAUGAGCAUGGCGAAGAGAUUCGUCUGAUGCAAAUUAAUCCAGUUUGGAAUAUAACUGAUGCCUACGAGAUUAGCAUCGCGGGUGGUGUGGGUGCCAAUAGUGGUAUGGGACGCAUAAGAGUUUCUACUCGUCAAUAUGAGGUGAUGUUCAUUGCCGAGUUGGAGCCGCUUUCGUUGGCGACAUAUAACCUCGUUGUGGUGGAUGAAAAAAACUUUAGUCAGCCAACAAUGGCUACGAUUUACUGCGACGACUGUACAGACCCAACGGUCCCAACUACACCUAAUGCAAGCACAAAUUUUGUGGUCAAAGCCAAACCAUCUGGCGAUAUUCAACUUGAAAACAACUUUGUGCGUCUACUCUUCGAUGAGAAGAGCGGUUUUCUGAAGACCGUCACACGCAAAAAUGAAAAUGUACAGUCGCAACGUCCUAUGCAAUGUGCUAUUAAAUUUGCCGCCUACCGUAGCGCACAGUUCCAUUCCGGCGCUUACCUCUUCAAAACCGAUCCCGAGCAAAAUGAGGCGGAAAAAGAUGUGCUUGAUCAAUAUGAAGAUGUGCGUAUAAUUAUUUCCUCAGGCCCAAUCGCUAGUGAUGUCACAGUCAUUUACGGUCCAUUCUUGGCGCAUACCGUACGCAUUUUCAACACACAUACCCAUCUUGAUGCAGCCAUGUACAUUGAGAACGAUGUAGAUUUUGAGCCGCCACCAAAGAAUCGUGAAACAGAGCUUUUCAUUCGUUUUAUCACAGAUGUGGAUAAUAUAAUGACAGUGAAACGUGACGAUAUACUAAAGGAGGCUGAUACAGUAGCGGAGCUGCCAGUAUUUUAUAGUGAUCAAAACGGUUUCCAAUAUCACAAGCGCAUCAAAGUGCCUGCAAUUGGCAUUGAAGGCAACUAUUUUCCCAUUACAAGUGGCGCUUUCAUACAAGACUCGCAUGUACGCUUCACACUAUUGACCACACAUGCACAGGGCGCCGCCUCUUACGAACCAGGUCAAUUGGAGGUAAUGCUCGAUCGACGUACACUAUAUGAUGAUUAUCGUGGCAUGGGCGAGGGUAUUGUGGACAGUCGCCUGACACGCCAUAAAUUUUGGGUACUCAUUGAGGAUAUGCCAACGAAGAAUGAAAACAGCUAUCAAAUACCUAGUCUGUUAGCCAAUCAACUGGCCAACGGCUUACGAUAUCCACCGAAUUUAUAUUAUGUCGAGACAUUCGAUGCACCAGCUGUGAAGUUGAAACCAAAAGCUACAUUACUCGAUCACGGUGCGUUGCCAUGCGAUGUUCAUCUAUUAAAUUUGCGUACACUUUCCGAGGAGCAGCUACAGCUUUUCCCAUCCACCUCAGCGUUAAUGGUAUUACAGCGUCAGGGUUAUGAUUGUGCCAUUGGGCAGAAUAUUGAUAUAACACGAGUGUGUGCUGCAUCUGCGAGUGGUCUUGGUCAAGUGGGUUUCAACAGCUUGAAUAUUGCACAUUUAGAAACUACAAGUUUAACAGGCACGCUGCGGGCAGAUGAACGCAAGCGUCUGAGUUCGUUUGCCGAGAUAGCGCUAAAUCCCAUGGAGUUGCGCACUUUUAAUGUAACAUUUAAGUUUUAAAAUAGUUAUUUUUUAUAAAUUUGUGUUAACUUAUGUUGUAUGAAUGUCUGGUUGUGUAGCGUAUGCAUGUGUGUGUAUAGGUACUGUGUUUGAGAGUACUCAUGCUAGUUUGACAGAGUAAACGCGCUCUUUGCGUAAAUGUCUGAAAUAUUUGUAUAUAUUAUUUUAUUAUAAAUUAAACAAAAUCCUCUUCUUUUUUUUUGCAUGAUUACUCUUUUUGAUAUGAAUGCCGCAGAGAGCAUGUAUGUAUUAUAUAUUUACAACAAAUUUGUUAAUGCUUCAAAUAUUUAUUACAAAAGAAAGACAUUUCAACUCACUGAAUUGAAUAAAAAAACUGCCUUUAACAUUUCCCUACUUAUAACAUAACUCAAAACAAAACAACUAGGUUUCAGAAAUGUUUUUAUUUCAUUGUAUUGCUAAUUGAAAUUUGUAUGAAUGUCGGGCCCUUUCGGAUUGACUCUGCUCAAUGCUUGAGCGUAAAUUGUGUAUAGAAAUAGUAUAGAAAUACUUUUCUUAUUGAACGCUUAUUUUUCUUAGUAGUACAAUGUAAUUACAAUAUAUUUCGUUACCCACAUAAACACUUGCACCCAGUACAGUACAGUUAAGCAACCAUUCCAGCAGCUAUACACUAUUUUUAAAUUCAAUAUACAAGUAUAUACAUAUAUAUUUUCGAAUAUGUUUACAAUAGAUUAGUGAAAUGUUUUAGAAAUAUGACAAUUAUUUUAUUUAUUUGUGAAAAAAUUGAUGUCAAUAGUAAAUUACUUCUUAAUUUCGUUUAAGUUUUUCGCUUUUAUGCUUGAAUCUAACGCCAAACAAGAACAACGCUUUACUACUUUAAUAAUAUAUUACUCAAAUAUUGAGUUUUCCUUGCACUCGGUUACCUCUAAUCUAACUUGCAACUAUUUUCUCUUGUGCUUUCGCAUCAAAAGAACACCGAAAACGCAGUAUUUCGUUAUGUGGUAGUGGUAAUAUACGCGUAAAACCACUUAAUAUUGAACAAUAUUUUAUUUAUAUAUUUAUUUUUAUCAAACUAGUAUUCAGUUAAUCAAUCAAUUACGAAAUAUUUAAAACAAAUUUUUUUUUAAUGAUUUAUUUCACUUACUCAGGCAGCUCAUUGCAAAAAAAAAAAAAAUUAUUGAAUUUUAAUUUUAUUUAUUUUAUUUUUUUUUUUUUAUAAAAAAGAGCAUUUUAGCAUUAAAGACAUAAUUUCGAAUGCGAACAAUAUAGAUAAAUAAAAUAAGUUUAAAUAAUUAUACAUAGCAAGCAUUAAGGGUAUAUGAAGUCAGAACAAAAAACGUUUAGUAGUAAAAUACUCAGAUAUACAUAUAUAUUAGCGUAAAUACAAACAUUAUAUAGCACUGCAUUACAUAGGUCAAUUUUUUUAAUGCACACCGCGCGUUGUAGUUAAGUUAAGUUUUUCAGUAAUGUUUAAAUGGCAGACACAAAAUAAUAUUAUGUAUAUUUGUUUAAAAUAAAUUAAGCUUUAUCUAAAAUCAAAUGAAUCAACCAACCGACAAAAAGCUGAAAUACACUAAAAUAUUACAUCAAUUUCACGCUUACUUAAAAAACAAAAAAUUAGCUGCGCGUGCAGUAGCCGCAGCCAUUGGCAUCCAUUAACAAAUUGUGUGAAUAGAGUUAUAUAUUAAAUAAACGAAUAUAUGAAGUAAGCAUAGAUUUUUAUAUAGCCAUCCAGUGUUAUUAGCUUUUUCUGAUUAGCGAAUUUAAUACAAAAAAAAUCAUUCGAAUAUUUUGCCAAGUUUUGCACUAAAUAUAAAUGAAAUGAAAUUGAAAAUUAAUUUAAUAUAAAUAAAAAAUUUAAUACCAAAA